CUUAUUCUUUUUUCACCUAUCGUGGUUGUAUUCCAGUACAGUACAGUCUCAUUUAUCUGUGGGCUAUCAAUGCGAUUUUCAUUCAUAUGCGCAUGUUCGCUCACCGAUCAGAGCACACAAUACUCGGCUAUCGAGUCGAAUGAAGUGAGAGCACCCUGUCGAAAUCAUGUGAUCGCGAUUACGCUUGCCUGGCCACUUGAUGGAACUCCGACUGGUAUACCGGGUUUUGAGACAAAUAUCCGACUGGGCGCUUGUGGGCUACUACUCCGAAGUCCACGUUGACGCUGGCAAGGAUCCUGAUGCCUUGCGAGGCGUGCCCCUCAUCGUGUUGGUGGCCCGCACACACUGCAACGCGAAUCGCACUCACGCUAGCCCAGAACGCCAUGUCACCACAACGAGCUUAUCGACAUCGCGACCCUGGGUAUGCUCAUCCUGUCCCGCUGGAGUUACCUCUACUCAACCCGCAUCAGCCGCAACGAUUCCGCAUCGCCGUAUGGUCUCCUUCUGGGCUAAAUCGACCAUGUUCAAACACCCCGUUCUGGGCCCCAUUCUGACGUCCUCCGGCGCCAUACCCGUCCGACGCAACCCAGACAAAGCCGACGCGGCGGCGUCGAAUGCAGACCUGUUCGAUGCCUCUACCGCUGCGCUGGGGCGGAGACAGGUCAUCGGGAUAUUCCCUGAGGGCACGAGUUACACGGAGCCGGCAAUUAUGCAAAUUCUCAGCGGCGCGGGAUGGGCUGCGCUUGAGUUCAUGCGCGCUCAAAACGGAGUGGGAAAGAUGGAGCCGGUCAUCGUCGUGCCCGUGGGGAUAGUGUACACGGACAAGUCAAAGUACCGAAGCCGAGUCUGUGUCAGAUACGGCGUCCCCAUCGACGUAACCAAGUAUAUGCCAGCAGAACUUUUCGAGGCGCCUCCGGAUGCGCAAGCCGAACGCGCUGCAGUGAAGGCACUGAUGAAAGACAUUGAGGAUCAAAUCGUACAGAUGACCAUCAACGCGCCAGACUGGGAGACCUUAUAUUCUGCCCGAAUAGCCCGAAACAUUCUCUGGAAAGAUGAGGGAGCGAUACCACUCAAAGACUGGAUCAUCGUCAACCAAACACUGAUCGGUUUUCUAUCUUCUGAAUAUGAAGGCUCACCAGAAGUCAAGCAUGCCUUGACUCGAUACUUUUCGCUGCUUCACCGCAUUGGUAUAAGUCAUGCAGAUCUUGAUUCUCUCGUUCCUACUGCUUCAGGUCGCCCGUCGCGUGCUUUUGCAUUCCGAUUCAUUUUCACGGUGGUUAGAACGCUGGUUCAUCCUUCUUUCCUCCUAUUCGUGCCUUCAUUCAUCACAUAUCUUCCUGCGUACAUAUUCGCAGCGCUAGGCUCGCGUUUGCCGCCACCCGGUGAGGAAGAGUCCCAGUCGCAAUUCAAGACUAUCAUCGGGGGUUUCGGGAUAGGGGUGGGUGUCGGUCUGAGCAGCUUUUGGAUCACCAAAGCCCUCGAUCGCUUUGUUGAGCAUGCGAUUGGUCGGUUUCCUGCGAUGUGGCUUGCGACAGCCUACUUCCUUGUGAAGCUGCAUAGUGCAUUGGUUGACAGAAACUUCCAGAGGCUUCGUCGACUGUCUACUGCGACCAAGAUCCUGCUCGGGAUAUUCCAGCCUCGCUCCUGGGAUCUGCCUGAGAGCAAGUUACCGGCCUAUGAGAAGCCCCCUGUGCCUGCCGGAAACGGAUUCCUCAAGAAACACCACGAAAGUUCUGGGACUCUGCGGGGCAAGGCGUGGCUCAAAGCUCAGCCUCCGGCGAUUCCAGCCACAAGAAUGAUAUUCCAUCUCUUGGCUGCUAGACAGGGAGCUCUCUCAGCCCUUGCUUCGUAUGCUGGACGAGAGACGCCAGAAAAGCGCAAGUUGGAGCAAUUAGGCGCAGUGUUUCGGCACCCAUGAGUUCAGGUAGAGACUUUUGGAGUCUUUCAUCGCCUGCAGUAUUGUUACAUCCGUGUCGUCCGAGACCCGUCAGAGACAGGUCUCUUCGAAUUACUGUUGUUCGGAAUCUUUGUGAACCCUGGACGAUCUCCACCGUUCGUUGACGACAUCAAAGUGCUCGCCGCGAGGGCGUUUCAGCAAGGGAAUGUACUUUGCCGUGCGCCUGAAUUCAGAGCCGCCGAGGGGGAUGUUCAUGACCGUCUUAUUAUCGGGCGUGAAGCCGUGCCAGUGUGUUGGUAGAACAGGUCGUGGAGCAGGAUGGUGGGCGCAUGCAGCUGCGUGGAAAGCCGAAUUCAAGGUCGCGUACAUCUGUGAUCUGCCCUGUAUCGAGUGCAGCCUGUGCCAUAAGCCUUCUGUCUGCUCGGGCUCUCGGUCUGUAUGCCAGGAGACGUCGUUCGGAGCAUAGUGGCAUUCGUACAAAACCAAAGGCAGACUGUCCGCCAUUUGGUAUUCCGGUUUCGUCUCCACUCGGGCAUCUCCCUCUCCAUCGACGUUGAGCAUGGCUUUGACAACAUUAGGCUGUUCAAGCCCUGAUCCCACCAGGAAGAGCACCGCCAUGAUGUGUCGCACUUGAUGAUAGAGAAAUGCCGUCCCGAUGAGAUCGAAUACGAGCAUGCGGUCAUGGUCAUGUUGAUUUAUAGACGCACUGAGCACGCGCCUCUUGUACAGAGUGAUUUGCUUUGAGCCGUCGAUUUUGCAGAAAUUGCGAAAGUCGUGCAAUCCAACCAGCAUGGCUGCCGCCUCCGCCAUGCGUGUCACGUCGAGAUGCUCGGGUGGGAAGAAGUACUUGUAGUGGCGCGAGAUGCAGGAGUAACGCGAUGAGAAGGAGUCCGCUACGGGCGACCAAGCUAGGAUGCGGAUAGUAUGGGGGAGGACCCGGUUCAGCAUCAACGCGUAGCUGUGCUCCCUCUCUGGUGCGUCUAUUGUCUUGCGCGCAGGAGCCGCGUCAAGCAGUCCAUCGGAAAAGUCUUCUGGUGGAGAUUGGUUCACUGACUUGAGAGUCUCACCGUCUCGUGCAGCUGAGUCCGCAGAAUUCAAUGCAUCCCUGCCCAAGGCACUGCGCACCCAAAGCGACACGACCUGCCCCGCCGCACUGACGCCCCGAUCCGUCCGCCCGCACCGUUCCCACCCACAUCCUUCCAUCCCCACGGCAGGAUCCACGAGACGCGCCUUCGCGAGCGCGUCGAACAGAACGCCCUCGACCGUCGGCAGGGGUGUCGCGUCAGACUGGAUGGACAGGCCGUUGUACGCCCAGCCCGCAUACGAGAAUUUGAGCGCGAUCUUCCGGCGCGGAUGCGCUGCAAAAUCUAAUGGCUUGCGUAGCUUACGAGAGGGAGGCGGCAGUGGCCUAGGUGAGGCUGGGCGUCCAGUGGCAUCGCUCUCGAGAAGGCGGAGUUUGGCGAUCAACUCUUCUUUGGACCAGGAGUCAUAAGGUAAGGUGGAAAUCAUUCUUUGGGCACGAAGUACGAGACGCAUAGACUGAACCCUCCCGGGGCGACUGAGUGUGCACUAUGUGCCGUUGACGGUUUAGUCGCACGGAUGGCUGGGAUAUCUUAUCACGUGAUGUCAAGUUCGCAAUAUCGAGGCACUGUGCUGCAGCGUCCAGCCUUUGCCCUCGUGCGAUUGCCGUCACUCUGCAUCAAUUUCGUAUCCAGUAUGGCUUUCUUCGUAGUGUAUGCCUCCAGAAGAAGUGUCUCCUCGCUGCGUCCGAAGUCCCUCCUGUCUGCCGCCAUUCGCAGUCAACUUGGUGUAGGUCCCGGUCACCUCUAAAGCCACUCACUCCCACAACUCCUACACUCAGUCGAUUUGGACUCCUUUCUCGCUGGAUUUUUCUCGAGCUUCUCUACCCCGCCUCAUCCGAUCCGUCAAACACGAAUGCGCAGGCCGCUAGCGCAGCCUCCGAAUGCUGCUCUCGUUCUCAUCUAGUGCAAGGUCCGAGUAAUUCGAAAGUACUCGCUUCGAGAAAAGAUCGGCUUUGCUUAUCGACAUGGUGCACAUCAUCUGGGGUCUUAUGAGCUCAAAGCCGGUGUCUCCAAGGUUGACGAGCUUUAGUGCCGCGCCCAGCCUGCAGACCAAAUCCACCCUACCAUCUAUGAAUACCUCCCUCCGAUGGGAUCGGAUGCAUGCCUGCCGAAAUUUUCAGUCGCCGGGAGAUGAGUUCUUUGGUACCGGUUCAUGACGAUGCAGCAGGGAUGCGAAGAAGCGUUCCAGUUCGGGACGGCCAGUGCUGGAUUUCUCAAAAAACGCUGGUCCCGUGCCGUAAUGAAUCCUUACAUUGCCCCCAUGAGAUCCUCGGACCUUCUUCAAUCGAAUGCAGUGCGAUGAAACUACCAAGCAUACGUGCGUCUUUGAUCCGGUAUAUGGCAUGCCGCAAGCCACCAAUCUAGACGUGCACUGGGCAUCUACGAAGUGGAUUUUUUGCCGGGAAUGCCCAGUACAUCUCUUGCUUGAUCAAGAUGAUCUUCCACGAAGAGUUGACUCGAUGGGACGUCGGCGCGCCUUCUCCUCGUGGUCUAUGAGCGUAUAAUGAGCCCAACCCUAGUUCUAGCGACUGUCCGUCGUUCAUCUGAUCCUAAUCUAUCCUGGCGGUAUCAUCUUCAAUAUGUGAUUCGGAAGUUUGGAGCCAAGGAAACGCAUUUCACCCCAGAAACAAUCUCGACGAGUACGAUAACCCCGUUCGAUCUGUGCAAAUGCAGUGGUGUGAUCUCCAGGAACGAGUCGAUACGUGGUAAAGUGGUGAAGAGUCGAUAUUGCUUCCUCGAAGUGUCUCGCAUCCAAGCCAAGAUGCAUCGAGGCUGCAGUCACCGCGGGAUUCUCAAUUCAACUUGAACAGCAUCCUAUCGUGAGCACCGGGUUGCUGCUCUGAUGCAAGU